AUGAAUGAAAUGGAAAGUAUAAAAGGGAAAAUAGAAGAACAACAAAAGACACAAAUGAAAUAUAGGGAGGAGGAAAAUAGAAGAAGAGAAGACAACGAGUCCAAUACAGUAAAGUUUCUGAGAAUGCUCGACUACAAGAUGGACAACAUAAAAAAUGGAGAAGAAGUACUCUUUGAUCGACUGGCCGAUAGAUCGCUGAAAGAUGGCAAAUUCGUUACUGCCACAAUAACGAAAAAGCUAGAAGCAAUCGAAGAAAACAUAACGGCAGAAACUCUGGAAUUAGAUCGGAAAAUUGGGGAGAGACUGGGAAGAAGAACAGCUAUGGAAAGUAAAGGAAAGGAGAUAGGAACGACUGAGGAUAUAGAAUACCAAAUAAAGGAGACAGGGAAGGAGAUAACUGCGGAAAUUACUAAAACAAUCGACACAGUCCUAACGGAGUGUAUGCAAGAUUUGCAUAACGCAAUUACAUACGGAGGAGCUGCACCGGACGAUAACUCCGCAGUUAUGAAUAAAAUAGGAGCCCUAGAAACAACUAUGAAGGAAGAGAUCAAAGAGGCAAAAAAGGAGAUAACAGAUAGGAUGAGUGAAAACAAGACGGACAUCGUGAGCCAUAUGGAGACAGCAACACAAAGGAACACCUCGACGCAGCAAGGGACAUCAUUAGUUAAAACCUAUGCAGAAGCUACAAAAAUUAAAAACCAACAUGGACAAAGGACUCUACACUCGGUACUUGUAACGUCAAAAAACAAGAUUGACACUGCAGAGGAGGUUAUAGGCAGAGCAAAAGAGAUAUUGGAGCCAGAGAAAAAUAGAAUACAAAUAGAAAGGAUAAGAAAGGUUAAGGAUCAGAGAGUGAUUAUUAGUUGUCUAAACGAGAAAGAAACGGAACAAAUAAGGGAAAAAAUAAGCAGCAGUAAGUAUUUAGAAGCGGAGAGAGUGAGAAACAAAAACCCCUUAGUAAUCAUAAAGGAGGUAAAGUUCAAAAUGACGGACGACGAAAUCAAGAACGCCAUAAAGACUCAGAAUCCCGACAUUUACACGGAAGAGCAGCGGGAAGAGGACGUAAUAAAAAUCAAAUAUAGACGUAGGACCAAAAAUAAUGAAAAAUGCCACAUAAUCGUACAGGUACCAUCAGAAAUGUGGAAAAAAAUGGUCACCAAAGGGCAUCUAUACAUUGAGAUGGAGAGGGUGAGGGUCGACGACCAGACCCCCCUCAUUCAAUAUACUAGAUGCCUAAACUACGGACACGGCAAGAAAUUUUGCCCAGUGUGGACAGAUGCAGCCACUGCGGAGGAUUACACCUGCGGGCAGAGUGCCCAGACAGAAAAGCAGGAGUUCCCCCGCGGUGCUGCAACUGCACACACGCCGAAUUACAAGACAACCAACACAACGCAUUCAGUAGUGACUGUAAAGUGCGAAAGAAAUGGGACAGCCUCGCUCGGUCAACAACAUCUUACGAGUGAGGCCAACCAAAACUGGAAUCGACAACACCACAGAACAAUACAAGACACUCACAAAUACAUAAAAUACACAAAGAACAUACACAAACAAAAAACGAUUAUAAAAAACAGAUACACAGAACAAAAACAACACACCAACAAAAACAGUCCGAUGAUUAUGGAAAAGGAUGAUGACCAUUCCAACCUAAUCAAAAGACCGGCACACAAACAAAAUACACAGAACAUAGAACGAUCCAUUAUGAUAAUGGAAAAUUCUAUGAAAACAUAA